CUCCUUGCUUGUUCUGCCCACUAUGCUUCAUUUGCUCCCGCUGUAAACGACAGAGAUUACAUAUCUUGGAUUAGUUAUAAAUAUCUUUAGCAAAGCAUUUCGAGGGAAAUAGAGAGGCGGAGAUUAAAGUGUGCGCGUUUUUCCCAAUCUCCCAUUGGUCCAGGUCUAAGACCAGGAAAUGCUCUUGCCCCCAUCUUUUACUUGAUUGGACAUAUCUUCUAUAUAGGCGUGUCUUCAACUGCUACCAAAAUAAACCGGGAAAUUCAACGUUUGACAGACAAGAGAGAAGUCAACACAGGACCUGCCGCUGCAUCAAUUAUUUUGGUAUUUUUGUUAGCUAGUUAACCGACAAAAUGCCUUCUACAUCUGAAAUGCACACAUCUGCACCUUGUAACAACGAAGAGCCAAAGAAAGCAGACAGUCAGGUCGGACAAAGUUCGUUCUCCCUCUUCUGUGAUGAACGGGGGUAUCUGAAUCCAUGUGAAUACAUUCUGCAACACGGCCACCGAAAGGGAGACCGAACAGGAACGGGGGUCAUCUCUGUUUUCGGCUCACAAGCGAGAUACAACCUCAGGGAUCAGUUUCCUUUGCUGACGACGAAACGGGUUUUCUGGAAAGGAAUUCUCGAAGAACUACUGUGGUUUAUCAAAGGCUCAACAAAUGCCAAGGAGCUCUCAGAGAAAGGGGUGAAGAUUUGGGAUGCAAACGGGUCCCGACAGUUCCUGGACAAGAUGGGGUUCACAGACCGGGAUGAGGGAGACUUGGGACCAGUGUAUGGUUUCCAGUGGAGGCACUAUGGUGCGGAAUACAGCAAUAUGCACGCAGAUUACACUGGACAAGGUGUGGACCAACUACAGAAAGUUAUUGACACAAUCAAGACCAAUCCAGAAGACAGGAGAAUCAUCAUGUGUGCGUGGAACCCCAAAGACCUGCCCCAUAUGGCGCUGCCCCCCUGCCAUGCCCUGUGCCAGUUCUACGUAAUUGACGGGGAGCUGUCGUGCCAGCUGUACCAGCGCUCGGGGGACAUGGGCCUGGGAGUGCCAUUCAACAUCGCCAGCUAUGCCCUCCUCACCUACAUGAUCGCCCACAUCACAGGACUUGAGCCUGGUGACUUGGUGCACACUCUGGGAGACGCUCACGUCUACAUCAACCAUGUCGAACCCCUCAGAGUGCAGCUCCAGAGAGAGAUUCGGCCCUUCCCCAAGCUGAAGAUCCUCCGGACGGUGGAGAAAAUAGAUGACUUCCGUGCAGAUGACUUUAAGAUCGUUGACUACAAUCCCCACCCCACCAUCAAAAUGCAGAUGGCAGUUUAAAUGGGCUUCAAUUAACUACACUGAACAAAAAUAAACGCAACAUGCAACAAUUUCAAA